AUGCCGUCUACUCUGCUGCCACUGCAUGCUUCAGAACCUACACAAAGCUGUGGGGUCCGAGUCAGUCAGCUGGAAAUGACGCGCAGCCCUGAGCCAGACGUCGGCCACAAAGACGAGGCCAUCAAGGCCAGCCGACAGGCCUCGAGCGCAGCACACAUCGAGGACUAUCCGCCUGGCCGCCCCCGGUACGGAGCCCUAGUCGCCUCCCACGAAUCCUUCCAGGUCUAUCGACAGUUCUCGUAUCUCCGGACGCGUCUGCUGCUCGAUAAACAGGACCGGCUAGCACAGUUGGAAGAUAAGCUGCGCGAUAUCGACCAGAAUGAACAACACCCGCUUUUCCUGUCGAGCAGCCGGCUGGAUCGGAAUGAGGCGCGGAAAGCAGUGCUGGCUGAGAUUGAUGCUGCGUUGGCGGAUUACGAUACCCUCAUCGAAAGAACCGCACGGACAAUACUGCCCCUAGGCGCGCCGCAGGAGCGCAACAUCGGCAACCUCCGCAACUGGAUCGAGGGCAACCCCUGCCUCGCGCGCCACUACCCGGAGUAUAUCACGCAGACUCGUCACCACGGCGACCUGUUGGCCCUCUGCACUUCGCCAGACAGCGCACCGGACCUCGUGGAGCUCUGGAUCAAGGACUUUCUCAAGACAUACUUGGCGGCACCGUACAAGGCAUGUCCCCACUCUCUCGUCCAACGCUGGCUACCGAAGAAAAUGUGCUCCUCCAUCUCAUCCGACGCUCAUGUUCUCAUCUACCACGGCCGCGUGCUCGGCCAGAUCGCGCGCACGGCGAUCGCGCUGCUCCUCCUUGUCUUUCUGCUCGUGCCCGUGGUAAUCUGCCACUCGUUCGGCGCGGGCCGCGAAACGGCGAGUCUGGUCGUGAUCGUUGUGUCCACCGUGCUGUUUCUGUGCAUGAUGUCGUGGCUUGCCAGGGCAAAGACAGUGGACUUGGCGAUUAUGGGGUCUGCGUGGGUUUCCUCUCAGUCCCUUUUGCGUUUUGGACAUAUCCGUACGUACCUUGGUAGGACGGUUACUGACGGCGUCUUGGCUGUAGGUACGCUACUGUUUUGA